AUGGCUUCCGUCCCGAGUGUGCAAUGCUUCGGCAAGAAGAAGACGGCCACCGCUGUCGCCCACUGCAAGCAAGGCAAGGGUCUCAUCAAGGUCAACGGCCAGCCCCUCUCUCUGGUCCAGCCUGAGAUCCUCCGCUUCAAGGUCUACGAGCCCCUCCUGAUCGUCGGAGCCGACAAGUUCGCCGGCGUCGACAUCCGCGUCCGCGUCACCGGUGGUGGUCACACUUCCCAGGUCUACGCUAUCCGCCAGGCUAUCGCCAAGUCCAUCGUCGCCUACUACCAGAAGUACGUCGACGAGCACUCCAAGAACCAGCUCAAGCAGGCUCUUGUCCAGUACGACCGCACACUCCUCGUCGCCGACAACCGUCGCACGGAGCCCAAGAAGUUCGGUGGUCGCGGUGCUCGUUCCCGCUACCAGAAGUCUUACCGUUAA